AUGCGUGCCAUCCAACUCGCCGAAUAUGUCAAGGGCCCUCUGGACCUCAAAAUCAGCGAAUUGCCCACGCCAACGCCCUCGCCAGACAAAUACCUAAUCGAAAUCCACUCGGCCGGCACCAACUUCUUCGACCUGCUACAAAUCCAGGGCAAAUACCAACACCAGCCGGCCUUCCCAUGGAUCUCCGGCAUGGAAUUCGCCGGCACAAUUCUCGCCGUGCCCACAGCCUCAAAGUCACAACCCCGAUUCAAGCCUGGCGAUAGAGUGUUUGGCGCAUCUCAAGGCGCGUAUGCCACGCACACCCUCGCGCAUGAACUCUCCCUCUUCCCCGUCCCCGCCGGCUGGAGCUUUGAAGACGCCGCGGGUCUGUUUGUGACCGCACCCACGUCCUACGGCGGCCUGGUCACGCGCGCAAAUGUGCAGCCGGGGGAUUGGGUUCUUGUGCACGCAGCAGCGGGCGGCGUGGGACUCGCCGCCGUACAAAUCGCCAAGGCGAAAGGCGCGACGGUCAUUGCGACCGCGGGGACGGCACGGAAGCGGCAGAUCGCGCAGGAAUUUGGCGCGGAUUAUGCGAUUGAUUACCGCGAUAAAAACUGGCCUGAGGAGGUCAAGAAGAUCUGUCAAGCGCAGCGGACGGGCAACGGGAAGGCCGGCGUGGAUAUUGUGUAUGACCCCGUGGGGAUGAUUGAACAGAGUCUGAAGUGUGUGGCGUGGAAUGCGCGCUUGCUUGUGAUUGGGUUUGCGGCGGGGAAGAUCGAGAAGGUUGCGUUGAAUAGAGUGUUGUUGAAGAAUGUGAGUCUCGUGGGCUUGCAUUGGGGUCAGUAUGCGAAUUUCGAGAAGGAGACGGUGGGAGUGGUCUGGAAGGGGAUAUUUGAUUUGAUUGCUCAGGGGAAGUUUAAGGGGAUCUCGUUUAAGGAUGAGAGUUUCGUGGGCUUGGAGAGUGUUCCGCAGGCCUUGAAGGCAUUGGGGAGUCGCGAUACAUGGGGAAAGGUGGUUGUGAAAGUGGGAGGAUCAGGGCAGAGUAAGCUGUGA